AUGUAUAGAUCUAUCGUGCGUGUUUCUUACAAGUGUAAUGACUUCUUUAGGCGCCCAAGCCCCGCCCGCAGCGUGCACCAUAGACCAGACAAAAUGUUCGCCGUGAUGCAAAUCGACGAAGAUCACACAAGGGAUUUUAGGCGUAAACUGCGCCCAAAGUGCGAGUUUGUCUGCAAGUAUUGCCAACCUGCGAGGUUUGCGGGAAGAGUUUCAAACGGCAGGACAAUUUGCGUCAGCACAGAUGUAGUCAAUGCUUGUGGCGGUGAAGGUGAUGGAGAUAGCACGAUCAACAACAGCGGUCUCUCUUACACAAUAGAAGAAAUACACUACAGCCCCAAAAAGCAGACCAUGCACUAUCGA